AGCGACGAUGGGCGGAGCUCUCCGUGAACGAGCAGCGAAAUUAGCUAUCGCGGGCAAGCGCAGCAUAACUUCCCGAUCGAGGAAGGCGCAUAGCGCGACUCGCCUGGUAACUUCCGCUAGUUAUUACUCCUGGCUUGCCUUGUGUAAUCCACUUUCAAGAUUUGCGCUUCCAUGUUGCAAAGGCAGUCCAUUUCAGCGCAUAGGUUGCUAGCACCAUACUCCGCCUUGUAGGUCACUCUCUGGCUGUCAGUCCAGGCGCCAGUCCCGUCCAAUCAAUGGAAUGCCAGGUGUAUAUUGAAGGUCUACGUUCCCAAAGGCCCAGCAAUUCAUUCCUGUCGUCGCCUGCGCAACCAUGUCCCGAGAUGGGGAAGGAGUCACGGUUGCAUGGCUGCACCCUUGUCGCCCGGACGGCGAUGCAGGUACCGCUGCGGUCAGUGCCACUCUUUCGCGUGGCGCCAGUCCUUUGCGGGGAAAGCGCAGGGUACGAAGGUACGUACCGUCAAAUUUGCGACAUUCUCGAGGCGCUGUUGUUAUUCGGCUUUUUAGCGCUUGGCAGAGCGCAAUUUGCGACGCCAGCAAGGGCCUACCGCUGGCUAACGUUAGGGCCAGCAAGGGUGCCAGAUGUCGUGGGCGUCUCUCGCUGCUCCCUCCCCAUUCCAACAAUUCCCUCGCUCUUGUGCCCUCACCCCGUCUCUCGACCUCCUCCACAGGCUUCGUUGGCAAAGCCCACCUCACCCCUGGAGCGUCGCUGUCCGACCUUGAAUACUCGAAGUAUUCAGACUGUCAUUCUUUCGCUCCUCCCUUACGCUCUACCGGCAGCUAUUAUACGCACGCGCCUUCCAUUCGGGGCAUCUGUAUCCCUCCAUCGCUCAUAGCAAACUCACGCGCGCAUUGCUUGUCUGCCGUACCUUCAGGCGACGCUUCACUCUCCCUGCUUCGACAGCACUAUUGCGCAUAUCAAAAUGCAUCUGCCAGCGAUUGUCGCCGCUCUCCUUCUGCCGCUCGCGGCCGUUGCGGAAGACAUGUCAACCACGACCGCGACAAGUUACCUGACACUCACCAGAACGGUCACCUUACAGCGCGCCCAAGUGACCGCGCUGUCCAACUCUACCAGCAUCACCAUGCCGACAGCUCCAUCAACAACCCUCUCGCCGCCCGCCACUACCACCGGCGCAGGCUCUGUCGUCAGCCCCUCGCCGGACAAUGCCGGGGCUGCUCUCGGGGCCGCUCAUGUGGCCGCCGCCGCCGUGGCCGGCGUUGUUGUUGCCGCCUUGCUUUGACCUGCCGGCCCGGCCGUCCGAUGGAUCGGGUCUGUAAAGGGGGCGAUCCAUGAGAGCGGCCUAAGCACCGGUCACUGUUACGCGAACCUCUCCGAUGCUAGCAUCAUCAUUCGUUCUACUUUCUUCCCUUUGUGAGAGCGACGCAUCCUUUAAUUCUACCGGAUUCAUCAGUUGAUCCCUUGGACGGCUCGUGUUUACGAGGUGCGCACGACUCGAUGCAUCACCGUGCCUGCUAGGUCAGCGACACCCCUUGCGUGGCGUCUCUACUUCAACUCGCCUCACCUCAAGGCAGCCUCGAUGAUUCCGGAAGCUCUUUACUUUCGAUCCGCGCUUAUU